AGUUGUUUUUUGUUGUUGUGUAUAAUUUUUCUGUAUUUUCUUUUUAUUUUUCUGUCGUUCGACUGCCACGUCAUCGCACAGGAAUGUGUUAAUUUGGUAUUUCAACAACAAGAAACAUCAGAAACAUCAUUGAGCCGUUUGACGACCGGCCACGGUAUUAUUUCAUUUGCAUAAAAAAUAAAUCUCGAAUUUCUUAAGCAGAGCCCAAGUCCCAAGAAUGAAAUUCCUAUGGCCGCAACGCGCGCGUCUCGAAUUGCUGCUCACCUUCCUAACGGGUCUGAUCUGGGGAUUCUGCCUCUCACAUCUGUUGCGGCGAGAACGCUGGCAAUUGGUCGAUCCAGAUGGCGGUCUGGGUCGCAUAGUUUGCGGAACAACUCAGGCCAGAAUUAUGUCAACACCGACCGUGCACUUGACCGUGCAGUAUGAUCAAAGGAAAAAGCAGCAGAAAGCCGCAGCCUUAGGCACCAAAUUGUUUAACGAGACGAGAGUGCUGUGCAUGGUCCUGACAAAUCCGCAAAUGCAUAAAAAUCGUGCUCUGCACGUGAAACGGACGUGGGGCACGCGAUGCAAUAAACUGUUAUUCAUGAGCACCAAAGUGGAGAAGGAUCUGCCUAUUGUGGCUCUAAAUGUGACGGAGGGCUACAGCCAACGAUGGGGCAAGACGCGUGAGAGCUUUCAAUAUGUUUACAAAAAUUACUUCAAUGAAUACGACUGGUUCCUCAAGGUGGAUGAUGAUACUUUUGUGGUGAUGGAAAAUUUGCGGGCGUUUCUUUACGCCUAUACACCCACAGUCCCUGUUUAUUUUGGGAGUAAAUUUCGCUCAAAGAAUAAAAUAGCCUACAUGUCAAGCGGUGCCGGCUACGUCUUAAGCAAGAUGGCCCUGAAGCUGUUCGCAACCCGGGCCUAUGGCAAUGGCAGACUUUGCAGAAAUCAGAGCUAUGGCAAUCCCGAUGUUGAGCUGGGUCGCUGUUUAAAGAAUGUCGGCGUAGUCGCGGGCGAUUCUCGUGAUGAACGCGGCAUCGAGCGCUUCUUCCCCUUCUCAACGCUACAAGGAUUUCAAUAUCAUACUAUCGGGCUCAACAUCUCAUCCAAAAAAACUGCACAGCUGAAAUCGUGCUGCUCCGAAUCGGCCAUCUCAUUCCAUCAGGUCCCCUCCUUUUAUGUACUGGAGUAUAUUAUAUAUAAGUUACACGCGUUCGGACUACCUCAGCCCCUGGAGAUAUUGCCCAAGAAAAUAUCAGUGGUAGACAUAUUGAAAAAAUAGCGUGUCGACUAGUCCGACUUUCUUUGCAACCCAAAUUCGACUGCAAACCAUGCCAAAUAAUAAUAUUGUUCAUCCUAAAGUUAAGAAUAUCCUUAAUUUUAAUCCUAGCUCAUUAAAGUAACAAUUGCACGAAUAAACUGCUUUUGCAAUAUUGCAACAUUUUAAA